GGCGCGUCAAGUUUGAACUCCGACCAGAUUCCGUCGAUGAUCUCUCUCGCGUUCCUCUUGUCCUCGUUUGCCUUUCUCCUCUUUCCCUCCUCGACCCACUCAGAUCCUUCCGUCGAUUUUGCAGCCCUGCCCCUCAUACCCAUUAUCUCCGUUCUCUGUGGUGUUUCAUAGCCUUCCCGGUCUUCACCUUUUGUAGAUCUGGUCUACCGAAGGCAAGCAAAUAAACGACGGCCUUGGCUACACCAGACAUUGUAUUCUGCUGCACAAUCUUUAUCCAUGGCCUCGGCUCACCAACCUCAGCAUUCGUACUCGCACCCGCCGCCCCCAAUGCUGCAGAAUGACGUGCGCUUGCCGUCAUUAAAGGACCUGAAUUUUCAGUAUCGCCCUCCUCCCAGCCAAGAUGCACAAUCCGCGCCAAAUGGCAAUACGGCGCCCGACCACUCGCGCCCUCGACAUGAUUCCACGAAUUGGGGUCGCGCUAAUGCGGGCGCUUCUAUGCCGCCCCCGCAACAUCAGACAAAUGGGUCAGCGCCGCAUGAAAGUCCUAAGACGCAGUACCUCCAGCAGCCAGAGGGGCACUACGCCAGCCCUUCUAUGCCUGCACACCAGCAAGGCGGAGCAGGCAUGGCAGGACCAAAUGGUUCCGGGCCAGGUAUGCCUCGCGGUGACGCGCCUCAAAAUCCUAUGAAACGCCCUCAUCCCGAGUCAGGUGUCAAUCCCAGCGUCUCUCCGGAACGCUCUCACGCUUCGUACCCUCAGCACGCUUCUUACGCAUCACAGCCUCCGCCUCCGCAUCAUGAAUCUGUUCAUCAGCCUGGCGCUUACAUCCACCCACCACCCCCGGGAUACUACGCUCAUCCUCCGCCUCCUCACGUUUUGCAGCGGCAUUAUGCAGUCGCACCUCCCCCUCCGCCUAUCGUGACUCAUCACCCUCCCCCUCCUGUCUAUUCGGCACCUGUUCCUCCUGAACAUUGGCAGCAGCCGCCGCCUCCUAUGCCUCAAGCGCAGCGUCAAUAUGCACCCUUCCCUCCGAGAGCCCCGCCCCCUGUGCAAGUCCCUGUAGAUCCUCGUGGUGUCAAUAUGCCGCCUCAAACCGACGCAGAGAAAGCUAACGUGCGCCAAAGGGCGUUGUCCCAGAUCUAUGACCAUUGUUACCAUUUGCACCAGUUUGCCGCACAUUAUGCUCAAUUGCAGGCCACUCAACCGCAAGCAGUGCCAUCACAGCCUGAACUUCAAGAGAUGACUUGGCGCGCCAACGCGGUAGUCAGCUUGUUGGACGACUUGCGGCGCCUUGGAGGCCCAGAGGAGCAGGCUCCCAGAGAGGCUGUGUCCGCCCAACCUAACGGAGCUAGUCCUGCAGAAGAGCACGCACGUCCUCCCAAGAGACCAUGGGAAGACGAUGGGAAUCCCGCUUCGAGCAAUGGCUACGCCGAUGGUCAAGGACAGUAUCCGGACAUCGCCGACAGGUCCACCGCUGAGGCCGACAUGGAAAUCAUCCGCAGUAAGCGGGCGACCAGCACUAGCGCUGCUGCCCCUGGACAGCCGAAGAGCAAAUAUAGAAAACGCAGUCGCGCUACCCCUCCAGGCAAGUGUCACUCGUGCAACAUCCGCGAGACUCCGGAGUGGAGGCGAGGGCCGGAUGGUGCAAGGACGCUAUGCAAUGCAUGUGGCCUGCAUUAUGCUAAACUUAUGCGGAAGCGUGACAAAGGUGCAGAUGGGAAGACAGCGCCGAUUGACUUGCAGACCUUGCGCGCGUCAACACAAUCGAAUCGUGGGCCGGCCGAUCCUGAGCCUGAGCCUCCUCGUCCUCAACCUCAGCCGCAACCUUCACAUCAACAAAGCCCGGCAGUCGUGCAUCCUCCGUCGUAUGAUCAACAGAAGCAGGCCCCGCCACCGAUGCAUCAUCCUGGGCAUCCAUCUCCACAUCCUCACCAAGGAUCUUACCAGCUGAUGCCGGUGGGACCGGCGCCUCAACCUGGACAGCCUCAUCAGAUGAUGCCUCCUCCACCGCCGCCUUCGGUUACUCACAGUGAAACCAGUGUGAACGUGCCUCCUCCGCCUUGGAUGACUUCCGCAUCGUCAGGGAGGACUGGCUAUUCGUCGGAUCACCAGUCAUAUUUGCGAACGUCGCAUCCUCCAUCACAUGCUCGCGCAUCUCCUCAGUAAGUUGAUGAAAAACUUGACUCGAUGUAUGCCAUAUGCGAAGAUACGGCUGAACUCGUCUCAUCCCCGUCUUGCCAUGUUGGGCUUGUGGAGUGGUGUGCUCCUGUGACCGAUCCAUUGCAUGUUCCGAGGUUAUCUCCGCCUCCAUUUUCUUUGUAUGAAUUACGACAUCCUCGUGCUGCAACGCCUCACUGUUACAUACUGUAUGGCCUACCAUAU